AUGAUAGUAAUUUUGUUUAAAAAGUGGUAUUCACAAAUUAGAAAAGAAGAUGGAACUCUCACUACUACUGUUGACGAAAAAAGACAUGAAAUAUGGAAGGCACUUCUACCUGAAAUUGAUCAUGGUCUUGAUAGAGAGUUUGAAAUUGAUGACGAUUCUCGAUGGCCAAAAUUAGAGUUUGAUGAAGUUGACUCUGCAUUGGCUGAUACCCCAAAUGAUAAAGCUCCAGGAGACGAUGGAAUUACUGGCAAAGUUUUAAAGAUGGCAUGGCUAAAUAAAGACUUUAAGGAAAGGUUUUUCAAGCUUCUCCAAGCUUGUGUAAAGUUUGGAUACCACCCAAAAGUCUGGAGACAUGGCAUUAUUGUUGUUAUACCUAAACCUAAGAAACCUGACUAUUCAAAGCCAAGAGCAUACCGACCAAUUUCCUUACUUAAGAUUCCAUCUAAAGUACUGGAAAAAAUUAUACAAAAAAGAAUGACCAAGCUUACAACACACUUACUUCCACCAGAGCAAUAUGGGGGAAGACAAGGUUAUUGUGCUACUGAUGCUGUUUUGGAACUUGUCCAAAGAAUUGAAACUAGUAAAGAAAAAAUUUCAGCUAUGCUCAUUGAUAUUCAAGGAGCUUUUGAUAAUGUUAACAGAAAUAUAUUGGCACACACAAUGGAGGAUAUGAAACUACCCAAAACACUUAUAAACUGGACGUACCAAUUUGUAAGUGAAAGAGAAGCUAAAUGGGGUGGAACUCCUUUUGGCUUCAUUGAUGAUGUGACUAUUACCGUUGAAGAUGAAAAAGUGCAACUUACUUUACCUAAUGGAGAACUUCGUGAACCCCAGAAGGAAGUUAAAUUGCUUGGAAUUACUUUGAACAAUCUGCUUGAUUUUAAAUCUCAUAUUUUGAAUAAAAUCAAUAAAGCAAGAAAAGCUGUUGGCGCUAUUUGGCAUCUUGGAGGCGUGCAAAAAGCUAUUCGUUUACACCUAAAUAUUAGCAAAACUAAUCCUAUUAAUGGUCAUUUGUUAACAUUGAUUGAGAAAUCUCCAAUUGCAAAGCUAACCACGCUUUACAUGUUGGCGAAAGAUGAUAGAGACUAUAUGAUUAAAAAGGAUGAAAAACGAAAAUGCAAGAGGGUUGAACCUCUUACACUGAAACAACAACAAAAUCAGACGAUUGGAAUUUUGAAGAAACAAGCAAUGGAAGAAUGGCAAGAAAUGUAUUGGAACAGCAGUAAGGAUCUGUGGUAUCAUAAUAUCACAGUGGAGUCGAAAUGUACUGAUAAUCUUUCCAAAAUGGUUACAGGAGUGAUCAUGAAGAAAGAUAGUCGAAGGAUCUUGAGUAAUAUUACUCAAUUUCGCACAGGCCAUGGAAACUUUGGCGCAUGGUUUAAAAAAGUUUGGAAUUGA